ACACUGAGUGGGAAGGGAAACUGCGAAUAAAACAUAAGACCCAAAUACUCUGUUUGUUAUCGAACACGAGGUGUUUUCUUGGGCGUUACUUUGCAAUGCACCCCGUGAUAGUUCGAGCGUCGUCAUUUUCUUUUAUUCGCACUCUGCAUUCGCAAGGUGCAUUGGAUUUGCACUCUGCGAGAAGAUGCCAAUGAAGCAUUCGCCCCGGCGGAGCCCCAGACUGGAUGUCGGGGGUGCUCCCGCAACUGCGACCACCACAGCCACAGCAACUGGCAAGCCGGCCAGCUCUGCGAGUGUGGCUGGUGAUCGGCAGCGGCCACAGACUCCGAAGGAAAGUGGAGUAGCCGCCAGUGAAGCGGCAAGUAACCUGCAGCCCGCAGCUACGGGGCAGCUUACGGACUCCACGACUGUACAAGUGGCGGCCCUCAUGGAAAGGAUCGCACAUCUAGAGUCGGAGCUGGUGAAGGCAAGGGCAAAUGAAGGGCAUGCAGAGGCCGCCAGGGAUCCCGUUGGAGUCGGGGCACGCGGCGUUGGAGUGAGCGGUACGGCGAAUACACCGCCAUGUUUGAGUGAAACGGUGCCAUGUCUGAGAGCAGCACCACGACAGGGCUCGAGUGAGAGCCUGCCCAGGCAGAUUAUGAGUGACAAUCUGCAACCGGAGCUUGGAGUGACGCCAUCUUUGGAUGCGCAGUUGCCGGCACAAUUGAGUGCAAGUUUGCCGCCACAAUUGAGUGGAAAUUUGGCGCCGACGCUUGGCGGCCAUUGGGCAAACGGGCAACCUGUCACACGGAGUUGUACAACAACAACAGUGAGCUAUUCUCCGCCAUUUUGUGUUACCGCCACGGCGCAGCCUGAACGAGGUUAUGUUCACCCGCCACGGGAGCCAACACACAAUUUGGAGGUAUCAACGCCAUCGCCCCUAUCAUAUGGAAUGGCGGCGACGAGCAUACCUGGAUGGACGCCACGCAGACUGCCUGAUCUUCCCGAGUUUGAGGGUCAGCCAGAGGAAUGGCCAAUAUUCUUGUGCGCGUUCACGGAGACAACGGCAGCUUACCAGUGUACAGAUUUGGAGAAUAACCAGAGGCUAGUGAAAGCCCUGAAGGGUGAAGCCCGAGCAGCUGUGAAGUCGCUGCUCAUCCACCCCAGCAAUGUGCAAGCUGUUAUGGAGCAGCUACGAUUCCGGUAUGGACGUCCGGAGCUUUUGAUCCGUAGCCAACUGGAGAGCGUGCGCGAUGUGCAGCCAAUACAGGAGGCCAACAUCGCAAGGAUCGUGCCGUUCGCCACAAGGGUGAGCAACCUGGCAGCGUUCCUGCAGUCAACCACGACCGGCAGCCAGCACUUAGGGAAUCCAACCCUAAUGGAGGAGCUGAUCGCCAAGUUGCCUGUGAGCAAGAGGUUGGACUGGGCGAAGCACGCGGCUACGAUACAGCCAUAUCCGACAGUGGUGCAUCUAAGCGAGUGGCUUCAUGAAUUCGCUAAAUUGGUGUGCACUGUCACGGACGUCGGAAUCAAGGAGCACCCGAGACGAAGGGUAUUGCACGCGAAUAGUGUUCGCGAGGAGGAGCGGUAUGCAGACCGCCCCAGAUGUUGCCCCUUGUGUGAGGGACAACACAGCAUCAAGGACUGCAAGGAAUUCAACCGAGCUUCUACAACGAGGCGGAUCGAGUCCGCGAAGAGGUUGAGGUUAUGUUUUUCGUGUCUGGAGUAUGGACAUAUGGCCCGGUUCUGCACGAAGGAUCGAGGAUGCAACGUCUACGGAUGCCGGAUGAGGCAUCAUUACCUACUCCAUGACCCAGCUGGACAUCCCAGACGACCGCCAGUCGCAGAUGGAGGCCGCAGGAGGGAUCAGCGGAGCAGUCAAGACCGGCAGCUGUACAGAGACAGCGGCCGACGGAUACGAAUGCCACAGUCAGUGGAUUCCAACGAGAAGAGCCUGCCUACGUCAGCUGCAGUUAUAGACGCGGGACGUAAGGAGGAUGAGAGGCGAUCGACAUGCGACCGCCAGGAAUUAUCGCACCGGAACUUGAGUUGUGUCGAUUCGGAUGGAGGUCACCUGCUGUUCCGGAUUUUGCCCGUGACGUUGUACGGGGAGAAUACGCAGGUCGACACCUACGCACUGCUGGAUGAAGGUUCGUCCGUCACGCUCAUUGACGACGAGCUCAUCCGCAGCCUGAACCUGAGAGGCGAGAGUCGACAACUAAAUGUGCAAUGGUUCGGCGGAAAAUCCGUCAAAGAGCACACAAGGAUGGUUAGCCUGCAGAUCAGCGCAGCGGGCAAGCCGAAGCGCCAUGCGCUGAAGAAUGUGUACGGAGUAGCAAACCUGAGUCUCCCGAUGCAGAGCUUGCGUCGAGAGGAUGUGAAGGCAGCGGGCGCGAGUGUGCGUCUGCCUGUAAAGCCGUACAACAAUGCGGCGCCAAGGAUCCUAAUUGGAUUGGAUCAUGCGCACCUAGGAAUACCCUUCAGAACCAGGAGCUAUGGAUCUGGAGGGCCAUACGCAGCAGCCACGCCACUUGGGUGGGUGGUAUAUGGACCGGUGAAAGGAAAGGCAAGUUCACCGCUUCAGAGAUCGUGCCUCCUAGCCGUGCCACAGGAUAAUCUUCUGGAGAAGAUGGUCAGCGAUUACUUCGAGAUCGAGAGUUUCGGAGUGAAGCCGGCACAGCCAGUCGCAGCUGGCGGAGUGGAGCUGGCGCCGUCAGUCGCAGAUGACGGCAACGCACGGGCCCUGAGUAUCCUGGAGGAGACGACUAAGCGAGUAGGCCGACGAUACGAGACUGGGCUGCUAUGGAGAGACGACGAGGUGAGACUGCCAGAGAGCUACAGUAUGGCACUCAACAGACUUGUCAACAUUGAGCGGAAAAUGAAGCGCGAUGUGGACUUCGCGCGGGCCUACAAAGGAAUUAUGGACGAUUACGUCAAGAAGGGUUACGCACGACGACUGGAGCCCCAGGAAGUCCAGAGGUCCCAGGAAGGCAAGGUAUGGUACCUGCCGCACUUCGGAGUAGAGAACCCGAACAAGCCUGGAAAAAUCCGGCUGGUCUUCGACGCGGCUGCCAAGGUGAACGGAGUGUCCCUGAACUCAGCGCUGAUGAAAGGCCCACAGCGCUACAAACCCCUCCCAGCGGUGCUCUUCCAUUUCCGGGAAGGAGCAGUUGGGGUUUGUGCCGACAUCAAGGAGAUGUUUCAUCAGGUAUUGAUGCAGCCAAAGGACAGAUGUGCCCAGAGGUUCCUAUGGAGGAACGGAGAAGAUCGUCGGGAGCCCGACAUAUACGAGAUGCAGGUGAUGACGUUUGGAGCGGCCUGCUCACCAUGCUCGGCGGAUUAUGUGAAGACCGUGAAUGCUUCGCAGUAUAGCAGCACGGAUCCGCGAGCAGUCCUGGCGAUCAACGAGUAUCACUACGUGGAUGACUACGUCGACAGUUUCCCCAGUGAAGAAGAAGCUAUCGCCGUCUCGUCACGGGUGAGAGAUAUACAUGCAGAAGCUGGUUUUAAUUUGUGUCGAUUUACUUCCAGUUCGGCAAGUGUGGUCAGAGCGUUGAACCCACUUGAAUCCAUCGCUAGCGUUAGAUGGACCGAAGCUGAGGAGAAGGUACUAGGAAUGUACUGGCAGCCAGCUACAGAUGACUUCAAGUUCGGCGUCAAAUACCAUCGAGUCCCAAGAAGUGUGAUGACAGGAGAACGCGUCCCCACGAAGAGGGAGUUCCUGAGCCUGGUCAUGUCCACGUUCGACCCGAUUGGGUUUUUGAGCUGCUACAUGGUGACCGCUAAAGUACUAAUGCGAGAGAUUUGGCGGAGAGGAGUCGGCUGGGACGAGCCGCUACCAGACACGUUGGCCGCAGCCUUUGAGAGCUGGCGGCAAGGGAUGAAGAAGAUCGAAGAAUUCCGAUGUCCACGCUACUAUUUCGGCGAUGGACGAGUGCGGACACUACAGCUGCAUAUCUUCGUGGAUUCAAGCCAGUCGGCGUUCGCAGCAGCGGCCUAUUGGCGGGCCACAUACGCAAGCGGAGAUGUGCAGGCGCAUUUCAUAUGUUCGAAGACGAAGUGCGCUCCGAUGAGGACUAUGUCAAUCCCGCGACUGGAACUUCAAGCAGCAGUAUUAGGAACGAGACUGAUGGACACCGUCAAGCAAGAGCACGGUGUGGCGAUCAGCAGCUGCGUACUAUGGACGGAUUCUAAGACUGUGCUGCACUGGAUAAGCAGCACCCACCGGAGAUACAAGCAAUUCGUCGGAAACCGGGUGGCAGAGAUCUUAGAAUCCACGGAGGCGUCCCAAUGGAGAUGGAUUCCGUCUGCCGAAAACGUGGCAGAUGACGCGACAAGGCCGCGCGAGUGCGUGGACCUGUCCAUUGGAUCGCGGUGGCUGAGUGGUCCACCAUUCUUACGAGGAUCAGAAGAAAGCUGGCCGAGAUCGCGCGAGGGCUGGAAUCCCCCGACGCCAGAUGAAGAGGAGAUGAAAUGUGAGUUUGCCCUAGUCAUGGCGAACUUUAUAUCGUUACAGAGAUUUUCAAGUUACAACCGAUUGGUGAGGAGCACCGCAUGGGUGCUCAGAUUUAUUCGACGAUGUCGUGGACUACGUAGCGUUCGAGAGGACCACGGACUGACGUCGAUGGAGUGCGCUGAGGCAGAGCGCACACUGAUAAGGCAAUCACAGCGAGAAGCGUUUGCCGUGGACAGCCAUGGAAAGGCCGCCAAGGGCAGCCGACUGUAUGGGUUGUCACCGUACUUCGACAAGGACGGAGUGAUGAGAGCCAGCGGAAGGAUCGACGACGCGGCGUGUGUGCCAUACAGCGCGCGACGGCCGAUCAUACUGUCUCACGAAGAGGCACUGGCGGAGAUGAUCGUGCAGCAUCACCACGAGAAGAUGUGCCACCAAAACGUGGAGGCAACUAUUGGAGCGAUCCGGCAGAAGUUCUGGAUUACGAACUUAAGGAGGCUGCUACGGAAGGUGAUGAGCAACUGCAAUGUAUGCAAGCUGCGGAAGGCGCGGCCUACGCAGCCAGAGAUGGGUCCCCUGCCAGAGGACCGGCUGGAAGCCAACGGAUGGCCAUUUAAGUAUACCGGCCUGGACUAUUUUGGACCGCUAUUUGUGACUGUUGGACGUCACACAGAGAAAAGGUGGGUGGCAUUGUUUACGUGUCUAACCACAAGGGCUAUCCACUUGGAGAUGGCCCACGAUUUGUCUACAGAUUCCUGUAUAAUCGCCAUGAGGAACUUCAUGAGCCGCCGUGGACCGGUGGUCAGGAUAAGGAGCGACAACGGGAAGAACUUCGUUGGAGCCGACAGAGAGGCCAGGAAGUUCAGCGAAGUGUUUGAGCCUGCAAAGAUCCAGGGCGAGCUGUCGUCCAAAGGAAUCGAAUGGAUCUUCAAUUGCCCGGCGAACCCAGCUGAGGGAGGCGCCUGGGAAAGGAUGGUGCAGUGCGUGAAGAAGGUGCUGGCGCACACAAUGAAGGAGCUCGCGCCCAAGGAGCACGUACUGGAGAACCUGUUGAUUGAGGCGGAGAGUAUAGUGAACUCUCGUCCGCUCACUCAUCUACCAGUGACGGUGGACCAGGAGGCUCCACUGACACCCAACGAUCUGCUGAAAGGAGUACCCGAUGUUCCGGAUCUUCCCAAGGAUAAUGGACAGGAGUCCAACGGAUGCGCUACCAGGAAGCAGUGGCGCAUAGCGAGAAUGAUGCGGGAUCGAUUCUGGAAGAGAUGGGUGCAUGAGUACCUGCCAACGCUUGUGCGCAGGGAGAGAUGGUGCAAGCAUGUCGAGCCCAUUCGUCGAGGAGACCUGGUGUUCAUAUGUGAUCCGGCCAUACCACGAAGAGAGUGGAAGCGAGGCGUCGUGGAAGAGGUGUUCACCGGAAGAGAUGGAAUCCCUCGUCGAGCGGCGGUGCGGACUAACGAUCGAGCCAAGACGAUGAUGCGUCCCGCUUCGAGGCUAGCUGUCCUGGACGUGGUGAAGGCGAGUGCUUCACGGGGUAUUGCGAUUCCAUAUGUCGACGACAUCAUAGUUCCAGCUAAAGACGAAAGUGAAGCAGUAUCCAAUCUCAAGAUAGUCAUUAAGUGCUGCGAAGAGUAUGGCUUGGUGAUCAAUCUAAAUGUAAUAGUGAUCAGUAUCUCAGACGAAAUCUGUUACGAAGUUCCCUACUCCAACAAACCAUAA